AUGCCUGGUCAAGCGCUCAUGUGCAUGCUACUCACAGUGCUUCUGCCUUUCGCCAAUGGAGCAGGCACGGGCAAAGGUAAGAUCUCGGCCGUCUUCAUGUUCGGCGACUCCAUGGUUGAUCCCGGCAACAACAACCACCGCAUCACUGAGGCCAAGGCCAACUUCCCGCCGUAUGGCCAGGACUUCCCCGGCGGGAAGGCCACCGGGAGGUUCUCCAACGGCAAGGUCCCUGGAGACAUGCUAGCUUCUAGGUUUGGAGUUAAGGAGUUGUUGCCUCCAUAUGUUGGAAAUGAUCUUGAACUAACUGACCUACUCACUGGUGUCGCAUUUGCCUCUGGAGGCAGUGGAUAUGACCCCUUCACUUCGGUGCCUGCGACUGCUACAACCAGUACCGGGCAACUUGAAUCGUUUCUUGAUUAUAAGGAGAAACUCAAGGAGUUGGUCGGAGAGGAGGAGAUGACACGUGUCGUCUCAAAAGGGGUUUACUUUACUGUCAUGGGGGGCAAUGACCUUGUAAAUAAUUAUUUUACAUUUCCUUUGAGGCGGCAUCAAUAUGACCUUCCUUCCUACGUUGAAUUUCUCGUCUCAUCGGCGGUUAAUUUUACUGUGAAAUUAAAUGAGAUGGGUGCAAAGAAGAUUGGAUUCAUUGGCAUUCCACCAAUUGGAUGUGUUCCUUCACAAAGAAAACAUGGAUCAAGAGAAUGUGAUCCAUUGCGGAAUCAAGCAGCAGAACUAUUCAAUUCUAAAAUAGCAAAGGAAAUUGAUCGACUUAAUGCAGAAAGGCAUAUCCAAGACUCAAGGUUUGCUUAUGGAGAUAUAUACUACAAUGUGCUUGAUCUCAUUAAACGACAUGGCCAUUAUGGUUUCAAGGAGGUAACUGAAGGAUGUUGUGGCAGCACAGUGCUAAAUGCAGCAAUAUUCAUCCAAUACCAACCCGCAUGUCCAAAUGUCUACGAUUAUAUUUUCUGGGACAGCUUUCAUCCUACGGAAAAGGCCUACAACAUUGUGGUUGAUAAGAUCUUCCAGCAAAGUCUGCAGUACCUAAUUUGA